CGCGGAGUUAGUUGCCGCGGUCCCCGAGCAGCAGGCGGCUGGGCGCUCGGUUUGCAGGGUAGUCGGAGCGGGCGGCGGUGCAUGGGAGCGCGCGCGGAGCUUCAGACCCUUUCCAGAGGGCUGCGGUUCUUCGGGCUCGCAUUAAGUUCCGCGCCGGCCGGGGAACCGCGGGGAGGUCAUGGCCGCCGUCGGCUUCAAGGCUGCGGGCAGCGGCUUGUGGAAGGGUAACGGGGCUGGCUUGCAGCUGGCCGCCGCCGUCUUCUGCCAGAGCUGCAGCUCCGCCGCCAGCAGCGGCCCUGGCGAGGGCAGGCGGGCGGUCUGGGGCCAGCAAAGGGCUCAGCACCAGUCUGCGGGGCAAUCCCCACCCCCGGCAGUCCCCGGCAGAGCCCGGAGAGCCACGGAGCCCAGCCCGGCCGCAGCCGGCCCCCUGAGCAGCCAGCCUAGCCCUGCCGAGGGCGCCGACACUAAGUCCUACCUAUGGGCCAGAUACCACGAGAUGAAAAAGCUGGUGUAUGAUCUUCUUCCACCAGGAGUCUGCAAUCUCCUUAACCCUGCAGCUAUCUACGCAAAUAAUGAGAUCAGCUUGAGAGAUGUUGAGAUCUAUGGCUUUGAUUAUGAUUAUACAUUAGCACAGUACUCUAAUUUAUUACAUUCUAUGAUAUUCAACACUGCCAGAGACAUACUAAUUGAACAGUACAAGUAUCCAGAAGGACUCAAGAAAUAUGAUUACCUUCCAGGAUUUGCUAUCAGAGGGCUUCACUACGAUGUGCAAAAGAGUCUUCUGAUGAAGAUUGAUGCUUUCCAUUAUGUCCAGUUGGGAACUGCAUAUAGAGGGCUAAAGCCAGUGCCUGAUGAAGAGGUUAUUGAAUUGUAUGGUGGUACCCAGCACAUCCCACUGUACCAGAUGAGUGACUUCUAUGGCAAGGGUCCUUCAAUUAAACAAUUCAUGGACAUCUUCUCCCUUCCUGAAAUGACCCUGCUCUCCUCUGUCAUUGACUAUUUCAUAAAUCAUGGCAUUGAGUUUGACCAGGUUCAUCUUUACAAGGACAUAUCUGAUGCCAUUAAAGACGUGCACGUAAAAGGAAUGAUGUACAAAUGGAUUGAGAAGGACAUGGAGAAAUACAUUCUUCAUGGGGAUGAAACUUAUGCUGUCCUAAACCGACUGGUUAACCUCAACAAGAAACUCUUCCUUAUUACAAACAGCCCCUUCAGCUUUGUAGAUAAAGGAAUGAAACAUAUGGUUGGCAAGAACUGGCGGGACCUCUUUGACAUGGUCAUUGUGCAAGCUGAUAAACCCACCUUUUUCACUGAUAGACGCAAACCUUUUAGAAAAUUGGAUGACAAAGGCUCACUCCAAUGGGACAAAAUAAACAAACUAGAAAAGGGAAAGAUCUACAAACAGGGAAAUUUGUUUGAUUUUCUAAGGCUAACAGGUUGGCGUGGGUCCAAAGUACUUUAUUUCGGUGACCAUCUGUACAGUGAUCUUGCAGACUUGAUGCUGCGUCAUGGCUGGAGGACUGGAGCCAUUGUACCAGAACUGGAACCUGAAAUCCGGAUCAUUAAUACAGAGCAGUACAUGCACUCGCUGACUUGGCAACAGGCACUCACAGGGCUGCUGGAGAGAAUGCAGAUGUAUCAAGAUGCAGAAUCAAAGCAGGUGCUGCUGGAAUGGAUGCAAGAGCGUCAGGAAAUUAGGUCCCUUACAAAGAACUUAUUCAAUCCUCAGUUCGGGAGCAUCUUCCGAACCUUCCACAACCCAACCUACUUCUCUCGGAGACUGAUCCGGUUCUCUGAUAUCUACAUGGCAUCCAUCAGCUGCCUGCUGAACUAUGAUGUGAACUUCACCUUUUUCCCCCGGCGCACCCCUCUGCAGCACGAGGCGCCCCUCUGGAUGGAUCAGCUCUGCACGGGUUGUAUGAAGACCCCCUUCCUGGAGGAGAUGGUGCACAUCCGAUGAAGGGAAAGUAUGUGAGCUGAAGUUUACAGUGAUGUAGUGCUAGAAUUGUUUGUACAAAGGGUCAGGCUGUUUGGCCAUGGAUUGCCUAUCGCUAAAGAUGAUUUUAACACGGGUGUGGGUGUGGGUUGUGUUUUGUCCCUGACCAUCCCAGAACCUUGCCUUCCAGCACUUCCAAAUAUCUACCUUGCUAACAAAUUGGUGCUUAAGUUAAAUGGAAGGACGAUCUGAUUUGACUAUUUUAUCUAGCAAAGCAUUCUCAGAGUUGGUUAGGUAGAAGUAAAACAAUCACAGCAAGCUGCAUGUCAUGACGCCUUCAAUUUUUUUAAAACUCCAUCUUCAGCCCCUGCCCAAAUUCUGGCCCAAAUCUUCUUCUAAGAUGGGUAGCUGAAAUUAGGUAACUGCAGUUAGGCACCGUAGCUAGAAAUGGCCUGAUUCUCAGAAGUGCUAAGCAAACCCACCUCUCUGCUCUCCCAUACAUUUAAAGGGUUAUUCAGCACCUCUGAAAGCUGAUUUUAGGCAACUUAACUUUUGAAUGUUUUGGUCUCUGAAUAUAGAGGCUUUUUUCCUUCACUUGUUAUAGAAACCGUUCAAAAGCUAAGAUCUUGAGACACACACACACACUGCUUAGAAGGUGCAUUUUUGCAGCCUUUGACAUUAAAAUAAUGUAUUUGCCAUGUCUUUGAGGAUUGUUUUGAAAAGCAUGGAAGCUAAAUUAUAAUGGAUUUUAAAUCUUUGAUUAUGUCCUAGUCUUAAACAUAUUUAAGUCAACACUUAAAAUUUAACACUGAGAAGUAUUGCCUUGAAAAAUCAAUUAAAACACUACCUUAAGUGAUGUAGUUUUGUUUUUACAGUAAGAAGCUUAGAGCUCAUAUCUUCUCAAUAAGAUGAGCAAUGCCUUUGUAUUUGCACAAAUUGGGCCUUAUUCUGAAGUCAUGGGCUGGUGUGAAGUUACACCCCUCCCCCCCCAAAUGUAAAACUGAGAUUAGAAUAAGGCCUGUUUGUAUUCUUGACUCAAGGCUGUUCCUACAGCUGUGGAAGAGAUUAUUCUGAUUCAGUAGCAAGAAGGGGGAGGGGGGAAGUAACAAAGGAUAAAUUGUGGUCAGGCAUGGAGAGGUAGGUGAAUCUUGUUAAAUCUAUUUUUCAACAAAUGAGCCCAGUGUUGUUGACAAUGGAGGGGGAUUACUUUGUGCCAAAUGUCUUUGGGUAGGAGACAGUGAUUUCUAGCUAUAGCUCUGCCUCGGCUUCUGUUUAGUACAAGUUUAGAAUAUCUGCGUAACUGAAGGGUUGGAGCCAUAGGAGUUACAAAGGGCCAACCACAGCCAGAGAAGCAUAACUCCUGUGCUGCUGCUUUAUGACUGAGUACUUUGCACACACCAUACCACUUAAUCUCUUCUGCAUAGUGCCAGCAAUCUUACUACUGCUCUUUCAAGUAGUUGAAAAUAUUAUGACAAGGAUGAAAGCACUGAGAGCUGCUCCUAGAUGGGGAUGCUAUUAAUAAUAAUCCUCCCUCCACCUAUCUCGGGUCAAAGCUGGCCCAUAAUUCAGCUGUGGCAGGUCUAUACAACCUAAAACCAUAUGGAAAUGUUACAUUGAAACCUGUAUUUUAAAACAUUCCCCUGGAAUGUUUACACCCCAACCAUAACAGUGUGCUAACCCAUGAAAACCUGUCUAAAGCUGAGAGAAAUAAAGUUCUUUUCUGGUUUAAUCUUAAAAUAAAUGGCAGUAGUAAUACAACACCUGAAAUGAAAUUUAAACUCUGUUGUGAUAUAUAGCAUGAAGUAUGCAGUCCGUUUACAGCCUUGCAGUUGUCACAGGAGUUUCUAAACACAGAAAGCAGUAACAGCUGACUGAAAUUUAUAUAGCUAUAAAACAAACUUAUUAGCAUAAAUAUCCCUACUCCCCAUUAAAUCUACAACACCCUCUUUUUCUGCCUGCCAAUAGAAAUUUUUGAGCAAUGCUUAAAAUCAGGGCAUGCUGUUUUCUUUCCAUUUAGAGACACUCCAGCUUAGGGACUGAGUGGGAGAAGCAAUUAAGUAGCUAACUGCUUUUCUGACCUUUUUCAGGCAGACCCUCCUUAAAUACUCUAAGGGAACAUCUUGGACUGUAGCUUCAGGCAGAAAGUCCAGCGGUGGUUGAGCAGCCUCCAGCACAACUUUUUGACAAUGAACAGAUUUGCUGCCACCCAGACUUGAACCUAGGAGCCAGAAUUCCCCAUUUGUCAGAGGAUGGGUAGGUGUUAACCCGCAGACACAUGGGCCAGGGAGGAGGAGAGCCAGGGACUCCACCCCAUCCAUUCUUCAUUCAGCUUCCAGCUUGAGGGACAAUCUGGUCCAAAAGGAGCGCUUUCAUCUUCUGAAUAUAGGUCUCUCAGAAGAGGAAACAGUUUCUCAGGGUUCUAUCUUUCAAAAAUACACAGGGUCUUUGACCUCUUUCCAUCAGAAAUGACAAGAACUCAGCAUUUCCAGUCACCCAUCACUAGAUGGAUUAGGCUAUGCUUGCUGAGGCCUAUAAGGCAUUAGAGGUCCUGGGAAGAAUCCAGCCAGACUCUAUGAUGUGACUACCAAUCGUAUUGGCAGAACAAGUAAGUACCUCCACCUCAGAAAUCUGCAGAGGAGACCCUUAAUUAGUGGGCAACACCUUUUAUAGGCCAUUACAAUGUGGACUUGUCAUCUGCAGAGGCCUUGUUUUCCAGUAAGGUAGCGGCCCCAAAAUAGAUGUGCUCAAAGGCAAUGUUGGCUGAUGGUAGUGGCAGGGACUGUUCCUCCCUACUUCUGUUCACUGCUCUCUACUUUUCAGACAUAGCAGAAUUGGAGGAGACACUGGGCUUUAGAAUGGAAAAUUUCUUAAUAUCCUUUGUGCUAGCAGCAUCUCCCACAAGUUUACCCUGCAGGCUCUCUGCCUAGUGCAUUGGGUUUCCUUUGAAGUUUUGUUACUUAUAGCUUUGGAAUGACUCAUAGGGCUGCAACUAUGAACCACUGAGUGGAGGAGCUCAGACACAGCAGAACUGUGGGAAACUUUUCCAUUCAGUGUUAGGGCUAAAUUAUGGUGCAAGAUGCUAAAGAUUACUUUAUUCUCCCUCACUAUUUCCUUUAGUGUGUGUAAGAUACAUUGUACAAGAAGCACUUGCUUGCCCCUAAGAGCUUGGUGUUCUGCAAACCACUAAACUCCCAGAAUACUGCAGUGGUGGUUGCAUUUCACCUUUUAAGUGACAGCACAAAACAAGUUUGCUCUUUAUUGCUUUAUUAUAGUACAUGAAGCCCUCCAGAUUUUUCUGAAACAAAGCAACCAUUUUGGAUCUUCACAUCCCUGGUUUUGUUAAGGACUGGAAAAUAAGUAGGUCCUGUUGUGGCCCUCAGUUGAGAAGGGAGGCUUAGGCUGAAUGAGUGAGAGUUUCAGAGCUCCUCCCUUCUCUAGCUAAAGGUUAUGCAGAACUCUUCCUUGGUUAUUGUGAGCUAAUUGGAUGCUGGCUAUGGCUCCAGCUCCAGCAAUCAUCCAGGCAGCUCGCUUACCCUAAGUGUAAGGCUUUUCCCUCCCCUGAAAAAAUGGAUGGCUGGGACUGCUCAGUUUCAGAAAAACAUACACUUUGAGCAUGGUAGGUAGAUUAAAAAUAAGCUGAGAGUAGCAUAGACACUGAGGAGGGCCCAAAAAAAUCAGGGCAGAGGUCCCCCCAAGCACGAGCCCUGGAGUGUCAGCUUCUGAGGAGGAUGGAUUUGGUGGGGAAUGCUAAAUAAGUUAAAGAGCUGUGAACUGACUGACUCUGCAGCAUAAUGAAAGUUGGAGUGUUUAUCACAAUGGAGCCUUGUUUUCUAUGUACUGUAGCAAAAGAUCAAGCUCAGGUUGGAACACCUUUAUAGUGAAUCUGUAGCAAAGUAUUGGUACAGGAGACUUGUGCAGCUAGGGGAAGUAUAAGAGGAACAAAAUAUCAGUGGCUAUAAUUACAAGAAAUGGCAUCUUUCAUCUUGUGUGGAAAGAUAUAGAAAUAUGUAAUUUUACCAAUCAAGAGUGUUAUCUGGGCUGAAAACAUUACCGUGGGACAGUGUUAGGCUAGGUGAACUACAUUUUAGAGUUGCACCUAUACAGAGAAUUCUUAGAGCCUUCCCCUUCAAAGCCACACAUGCACCAUGUGCCUAGUGGACAAACUGCUAGUGGCUUAUUGCUCUGUGCCAAGUUUAAAUCCCAUAGCAGCUAGGGAAAAUGAGUGAAAUAAUCCAAUGCCAUAAACCAGUGUUAAUGCAGCAGCUGUAAUGAAAUGUGCUAGAAUAUCUUUGGCAGUGAGUAGCAACUGUAAUCAGUUGGGAACGUAAUACCUCAAGUACAUAAACAGGGUACCUGUCCUGGUGACUGGAUGUUUAAAAAAAAAAAAAAAAAAUCAAGAAGCCAUUUAACAAUUCCACCUUUAAUGCUCGUUAUUUUGGUGUUCAAACAUAAUGUAAAUAACUUGUUAAACAUUACAUCACUAGAGAAUGCAGUAGGAGUCUCAUGAUAUAGCAAUGUCUUGGGCUGUGACUGUUGUGAUCUGUAACUCUCGAAUUGUAAUGUGUAUGCUGCAAGAGAAGAAUGUUUCCGCUGCUGUAGGAGCACCUGCCAUGUUAUGUUGGAGAUAGUGGUGGCAACUUUACCACUUGAUAGACUGGGCAUCAUCUAGGUGCCUUUGCCAAAGCUGUGACUUUUGAAGACCCAUAAUAUAGCCACCCAAAUUUGAUGUAGUUGGUAAAUAGGAAACCCAAGUGGAUGUUUGUUACUCAAAAUGUUACCACUAUGGCUCUCUGAAAAUUUAACAUAGCAAUUGUUGUUGUGUGGGUUUGAGAAUAAUUUGAAAUGUAGCAAGUUGAAGUUCUUGUCUAAAUAACUUGCUGUAGCUCAUUGUCUAGUUCACAGUGGUAGGUUAUUUUAUUCUAAACGUCUAUAUAUGUAUGGUAAAUAAACAAUAUCCUAGUAUGACAAUGA